CCGGGCCGACCGACGGAGGACGCAGGACGCCCGGCCGACCGUCACUCGACGCUCCGAUGCGGCGGCGGCAGCACGCCAUGUCGGCGCGGCGCGGCCUGCCGGCGCUGCUGCUGGCGGCCGCCGUCGGUGCCGCGGCGGUCGGUGCAUCGUCCUCUGUCGGCGCCAGCCAGCAGAAACAGGAGCUGCCGCACGCGGCCGCGCACAAACAGAUCGUCUACCGCUACAUCCCCAUCGACAAGUCGUUCCUGAACCUGGACAGGGCGUACGACGACUACUACAGGACCAGUCCGGCCAGUGAGAGCGCCAGGAGGGACUACAGUCAGACGGGCCACCGGGGACGGCUGGACAGCUACGACCGGCUGUACAACAACGACUACCGCACCCGGAACGACUACAGCGACUACGGUUCGGCGACGGGCUCCCGCGGCAGCGCGGAGGCGGACACGUACUCGUCCUACUCGCGGGCCGACAGCCACCACCACGGCGGCGAGGUGGACACCUACUCCUCCUACUCGCGAGGGGACAGCCACCAGCACGGACUGACCAACACCUACAACAGGGACUCGGACGACUACGGCGACUACUAUGACUACGACUAUAGUCAUGAGCACACCACCAAACGGCCCAAACGGAGACGUAAGAAGAAAACGAAGACGAGCAAGUCGAUGUCUUCCAGAGUGCUCGACUUCGCCGAGGCCAUGAUACGCAGGAUCUGGUCACGCGACUCGAGUGGUGGCGGCCACGGCCACGGCUACAAAAGCCGUCCCAAGAAGAAGAAGAAGAAGAGGACGAGGUCCAAGUUCAAGUGGCCGCGCUUCGUCACGUUCGACGGCGUGCUGCGCUUCCUGACGUACCUCUUCGCCGUGGCAUCGGUGAUCGGCUACAUUCUGCUUGUCACCCUCAACGCCGUGGCUAGCGACGGCUGGAACGGGUUUUUCAAGCGGCGUAGCCUGGACACGAGUGGCGCCGAUCUGGUGAACGCCGAGGCCCUCCGCCUGCUGCAGCUGCUCGAUACCGCCAUAGAGCGCUACCGGGGCAGGGAGUGCGUCUUCUGCCGACAGGGCUGGGGCGCGCAGACGGACUUCGAGUAAGCGCCACGGCCGACGUCUCAGUCUUCAGCUGGUUCAUCGGCGGUGCAACAAGGGCAUCAUCUGCAGACUCCGGUUCUCACCUUCCUCAGGACGGCGUCACGCUGAAGCCAGCCAGUCCAACGGACACCGCACUCUCAACGGCCGGGGAGUCCGCCGGGUUGUGUACGCAAGGAAAGUGGCUCAGAACCCGCCAGGUCCAAAACCUUCUCAGGGUUACAACCGGGACGCAGUGGUCAGUGACGGCUGCUGCAGCCACAGCAGUUCGAAAAUGUUGAACCGUUCAGCGGCAUUCUGACUGUGGGCCAGCCGCCGACUUAUGGGCGAUUGUGGGCCUGUUUGUACUUUUUUAUUCGUACACCAGCGUUGUAUGUAUUGCCUCAGGUCGAGGUCCAGUAUCGGCAUAUUGCCUCUCCGCCCCUCCCGUGUGUAGAAUAUUGAUUGUUUGUUUAGGUACAUUCACUGUUUCUCCUUAGCCGAUCGGGUGAUUCACCACGUAUACCAUAGUCGUCUCAUGUCAUGCCCUGACUAUUAGAAAAUGACUCAAAUGUGAUUAUACCCGGUUGCCAGGUAAUUUGGCCGAAAGAAGCGCUUUUGCAUGACAGAAUACGGCCAUUAUCGUAGACCCUUGUUAGCAUAAAAAAACGUUAUGAUGCU